GGACGGCUAGUUGCCGUGUACGCGUAGGUGUGCGCCGCUCCGGGUUAGAGGCUCUCUUAUAUGUACAAUAGUAUCGAUGGUCGCGCGUGUCGAACGAGCCGUUGCGCCGCCACUACUCGCGUCAGCAGCGUGCGGAAUAACCGAGCGUGCGCAAGUGCAUCCGUCCGUGUGAGUGCGCCUGGCCGGAGUCUGUGCGUGGAGGCGGACGCGAGAUACAUGUCACCCAGCGAGAGUAAGCGCGGCUCUGCCAUACGUACGACACAUCUGCGCGGGUGUGUGCGUGUGCGCGCGUGUCGCGUUAAAUGUGAGCGCGACAGCUUUGGUUGUCGCAAGUGCGCGCGUCGUUUCGGCUCGUCCAGACUCGGAGUAAAACGCAGAUACGAGCAAGGGACCGAUAUCAUCGUAGAGAGGCCAAGAUAGCGGCGGGAGGAGGCGAGGGGGAAAUUGGACGGCGCCGGGAAAUUGGACAAGACGCAAGGGCAUCGGAUUAAUAGUAGCGGCGCGAGAUUACGCGACGUAUGUCUCUUUGUACGCUAUGCGCGCGCGCUCACAUGUGGCUGUGUGCUCGGUUAUGCUCGGUUCAUCGCGAGCGGCUCGGUUGAGCAAUCGAAUCUCGAGUCGGUAUCCGCGCGCGAGCGAGCGGGAGAGCGGGGAAAGAUUCAUCGCGAAGGAUGUAGUGGGGGAUUCGGGGGAGAAGACGUCGCGGGAGACGAAAGGAUCAUCGCGAGGCGCAUUAACGCGGGGACGACAAUAACGAUGUCGAUAAUUUGGGGCCGUCGGUUUAAUCCUUGCCGUUGUCGUCGUCGUUUUGGCUGAUGGCAGAGAACGAGACGCGAGUUGCAUAUGCAUUUUUCUUCGUCUCACCUUACGUCUCGUUCUCUGCCAUCGGGCCUACUGUCACGGCCGCGCGCGCGCGCGCGCAAUUUUCCCGAUCGGUAAAGACUACCGCGCAGCGAGCGAGCGUACUCGGUGAAACGACACUGGCAUCGGUGCACGCGACACGCUCUGGGAAACAACGAGACCCCACGAUUCCGGUCACUGGAACGGCGAGGAUAGGAGGAUAGAUAGCGCGAUCCCGUAGUAGGCUCUCCUCUCGUCUCCUGUUGAUUCUCCUUGAUAUAUGGCGCAUUACGAGCACGCGUAAAGCUGAAAUACCCGCGCGCGUGCAUUUGUACGCGAACGCGAGAGUAAAUUCGGACGGCUUACUAUGUCGGCGCAUUUGUGCGUGCACGUGCGUGCGCACCACCCUCUCCUCUCGGUCGCUCGGCCUUGUGUGCGCCACGCGGGGGUAUCGGUGACUCGCUCUCUCCGUCUCUGUCCUUCCCUCGGCUGCGCCCACCCUGGUGCAUCUUCGCAGACUGGUACACGGCGGUGUGAUGGUUCGCUCGAGCUCGAGCGUGUCGGCGAUUACGCUCUCUUUCUCGUUCUCACGUGUGGGUGUAUAUGUGUACGCGCGCAUCCCAGUAAUGCCUUUGCGCGGUGCGAUUGAUCACGCUGCGGCGAAACCGUCGUCAUCGUCUAAAUGGAAAGUGCACUCGUGGUGUACGGGAUGCAAUUGAGCGAUGAAAUGGUGGUGCUCUUCUCCACGCUGCACGCCACGCCAGCUGUGGGCGGAUUUACCGAUCUGGAAUUGUCAGCUCGCUCUGUAAUUUUCGACGUUGCUCCGGACGAUGAGAUAUUCAGUGGAGACGCGAAACAAUUAAAGAGGAGACGACGACGACGACGAGUGUUUGCCUAAAAAGAGAAUUUUCGGAAGAGGAUGCUCGGCAGUUGGGGCUGGAAAGAAGAAUUGGAGUUGGGAGUGGGUACGACAGCCACGUUGCAAGAGAAACAGAGAAGAGAGAGCCCAGACUCGACGCAUCCUGUUCCUGACAGCCGGGUGCUGAGGUAUGCACCCAGCCGGUGUCACCACCCUCCCAACUCGCCACAUUUCAGGACGCAGCCUCCUCUCGACUGUACGGACUCGUGAGGUGGCCAAAAUGCUAACUGCUCACCCUGAGAUGCACGAGAAGCGGGACAGCCUCGGUGGCGGACAAUAUGGAGCGGGCGGGGGUGGUGGCGGCGCUUCGAUUGAAGAGAAAUCUAUUCCGGAACAACCACCCCCGCCUCCUGUACCGCCGCAACGAGAUCCGUCAGAUCCUACCAUCAGCGCUAAAAAGCUCCCGAAGAAACGAAAGUUCGAUCCAUCCGAACUCGAGGAGAUGGACAAGACUAGCAAUGUUACCAGUAACAUCACCAGUAACAUGAUUAACAUACGCGCACCGGCGAUGUCACUUGGCAGCCAGCCGGUAACUUUAGGUCAACAAUCGAGCUUACCAACUAUUAUCAAUCGGCAAUCACCGCAUGAGUCCGAUUGUUAUCAGGUAGCCACAGCUCAUUCGGUAAUAGCGUUACCUCCUCAAAGCAUGGCGGUAGAUUACUCUCUUCGCGAGGAACCUUUACGGUCUCGUCCUCGAUUUGCUAUUGAUCUCAGUGAGUGGCGCGAACAUAGAGUGUUAGCUUUAAGGGAUUCAUAUUAUUAUCCGGGUGUUAUACGUAAUGUUGUUCACGGUGAGAUUUUCAUCGAGUUCGAUGGCGAGAGGAAGUUGGUGCGUUACAGUGACGUUCUAGGCGGAAGACGAUAUGACGUGAUAGGUGAUGCAAGCCCGUCUUUGGGACAGGUGACUUUGGAUACAAAGGUUUGCAUCAGAUGUCCGAUCGCGAACAAUCACGUAGACGCGACUAAGGUGUUUGUAAAGGGGACAGUGUGCAAGAUAUUAACGAAGCCUAAUCGUUUUGUUGUGAAAAUAUCGCGGGAGGACGAUCAGAGUGAAAGUUAUGUUGUGAAACGCGCGGACCUGCGGCUAGUACAACCUCCCUGGGCCGACGAGUUGGAGGAAGGUCUGGAAGAUUGCGAUCUUUCGAGGGUUGAGACGAUUGAACAUGGAUAUCGCAAUACCACGGAAGCUCCAACAGCAGUGCCAAUCCAUCAUGCUUCUCAUCACGCGUCGCAUAUGCCAACUCAUAACGACACGAGUUAUUAUAGAACGACCGGUACCAGCCCUCUCAUGACUUUAGGCACUUCUGCACAUUCUGCCACGGCGUUAAGCAACGGCAGCCGGCCGUACGACGAUUUAGAAAGCGAAGAUGACUUAGAUAGGGAAGACAUUACAUUUCCCUCGGAUGCAGAUGCAAAAUUGUCAGGAAGCAGCAAAAGAAGCAGUAUGCAGAGCCGAGGAAGUACCAGUAGCCUAGUUGAACAACGUAGUAUAACGCCUCGUUCUCAGGCAGCCACACCCAGAUCUCAGGCGGCAACGCCACAUAGGUAUAAAAAGGGUGAUGUAGUGGUUACACCAAGUGGAAUUAGAAAGAAAUUUAAUGGGAAACAAUGGCGCAGGCUCUGCAGUAAGAAAGAAUGUAACAAAGAGAGUCAACGAAGAGGAUAUUGUUCCCGGCAUCUUAGCUUAAAAGGAUCUGGCCUUAGAGGUCCGACAAAUACAUUUCCUGGUGGUAAAAUGGAUGGCGAAGAGACAUCAAGAGAUUCCGAUACCUCGCCACAUUAUGGUGACAGAAGAAUAGCUGGUAGAUUCGAUCAAGAUGAAACUGAAGCUGCUAAUAUGCUCGUAUCUUUAGGAAGUUCUAGAUCGGCUACGCCAGCUUUCUCGUCACCAACGGGCCAGUCUUCUAUAUCUCCGUGUAUAAACCAGUCGCCGGUGCCACCGUUAGGACUCAAUCAGAACAAUGUAUUUAUGCCUAUUUCGAGUCCAGCUCAUCAUGCAGCUCCGCUGAUUUCGCCCGGCGCUAAAUGGAAGCAUUCGCCCACGCAAUCGAACUUUUUGGUUCAAUAUCCGCAACAAGUGAUAAAACCCGAGCCGAAUCGAGUGGUCAGAUCGAAUCGAGCAGCUCCCGUCCCUGCCAGUAUAGGAACGAGCGUGAUAAGAAUCUCUCCGGUGAACCGUGGCAUGCAACCCGGACAGAAUCUUGCUCUGUCAUGGUCAGAACAGAGUCCACCGCCGACAAGACAUCCCUCGGUCGUGACAUCAACAAUCGCUCAACAGCAGCAACAAAGUAUAAUCUUACAGCAUGCGUUAACGUCAAGCGCCAACGAUUUUCAUGCCAAUCACGCCGAGAUGCCCGAACAAAGUCCGCAGUUGAUGAAACAUUCACCGCAUUCGCCCCAUAUGCCUCUAUCCGCCACUCCUAUGCCGCAAAAUUUGACGCUCAUACACAAUAAACCGCUAGAGCAGCCGGUCGAUUACGCGCAACCUCCGCCCCAGGGCCCGCCAAUCUAUGUAAUGCAGCAUGAGAAAAAGUAUCUUGUGAUAAAGAACAGCAUGGACAUGUCAGCGUCGGCGGGUGCGCACAUGAGCAACCAGGAUGACAAGUAUCGGCAGAGCUUGAUGAACCAUUUAGGUCAAUUAUCAACAUCGACGUUACAUCAAGUUCAAUGUCAACAGCCAACUCCUCAAUCACCUGCUGUUUCAUCCGUCCACAUUGAUAAACUAUCUGUUUUACAACCUAUGAAUAAAGUGGGCGCGCAUACGACUGUGCAUAUGGACAUGCAGAGAAGCCAACCGCCACCUACGAGUGCUGUAAUGACUACCUCUACCACCGAGACAUCUAUUAAUCCAUCUACUCCGACAAGUGUCUUCCAGCAUGUAAUUGUUCAGCCCUUGCAGAUUCCAAAGACGCAAGCCGCUAGAGAGGAGAAUGCGAAAAACAAUGGUAUCCUCUAUGGCAGCCAUGAAGUUCCUCCUGCAUACCAGCCCCAUACCCCAUCAUUACUGAACAAUGCAACACACAGCUGGAAGCUUAAAAAAGCUUUUUCCUGGCAGACGACAGUUGUGGAACCAUCAGAGGUGAGCCCUCCUCCCUCCGCUCUCAGCCCGCCUCUGAGCGCUCCUCCGAUUCCAAUAAGUAUGAGCACACCUGCUGAAGAUGGUCCUGGUACUGGUUCAGAUCCUAUAACACCUGCCGAAGAAGAAGACGAUGACGUUUUCGAAACGGAACCAAUUCCAACCGCGGAAGUGGAAGCCAAUGCUAAUAAAAGACGUAGUCAAUCUCUCAGUGCUUUGCAAUCGCAGACUCCGCUGAAAGCUAAAGAGAGAAUACGACGGCCCAUGAACGCUUUUAUGAUUUUUUCAAAACGACAUCGCGCUCUCGUACAUCAACGUCAUCCGAAUCAAGAUAAUCGCACAGUGUCCAAGAUAUUAGGAGAGUGGUGGUAUGCGUUGAAACAAGAUGAGAAACAAAAAUAUCACGAACUUGCUUCGGAAGUGAAGGAAGCGCAUUUUAAGGCGCAUCCGGACUGGAAAUGGUGUAGCAAGGACAGACGGAAAUCAUCAACGACCAGCUUCAAGGGAAACGAAAUCGGAAGAACAAAAUUAAAUAGUACAGGGGAAGAAACGGAUGCACUUCAGGGUUCCUCCUCAGAUGAUCCAUUGGCGCUCACGUCUAUCGACGAAGUGCCUACUCCGAUCACUAAUACAUAUAACGAAAUUCCAAAUAAUAUUGAGAUUAUAAAUCAGUCGCAUACACAACAUCGCAUUUCGGAGAUUCCUUUGCAAGUUGAAAAUACCGAAGUCGACAUGAAGCAAGAUGACGAUGCAAAUGGAUCAGAUGACGAUCAGAUGGUGAUUUGCGAAGAUCCUCAACCAGAAAUAGAUUUAAAGUGUAAGGAUAAAUUAACAGACAGCGAUAACGAUGUGCAAGAUAACGAGGACGUGGAAAAGAAGUGUUUUAAUCAAUCGCGAUUCUCGCCUGUGAGCGGUCAAAAAAGAGAAGUAAUCAACGUUAAACAGGAAAUAACCUGCAGACCUAAACCGAUAAAAGCAAGGAUACCCUCAACAGGUAUAGAAUCUACGACAAAGUAUCAUCAUACUUCCAUGGAUAAAGGCGGUACUGUAUCAGUUUUGUCAAGUACCUAUCCUUAUCACAGUCCUGUCAAUCCAACAGGAGUAUCAGGGUUUCAACCUACCGGUGGUGCUUUUAUAACUAUGCCAAUAUCGCCAAAAGUUAUUAAGCCAGAACCGGUAAAGAGCGAACAACAGUACAGCACUCAGUAUAGCGUGAAUAAUCUUGUAAGCAUCCACACUGAAAACGGACGGAACGUGCCUAAAUUUACAGCAGCUCCGGUAUUACAUACCAUUGGAUCGAAACCAAUGAUGGCGCUGUUGAAACAACAGCAGCCGUUGCAGUCUUUAGGCACUACUCUUCGUCCCCUUACUUCAACUAUUCCUCAUCAACCACCGUUCACUCUAACAUUGCUCGAUAACGAUUUGGUGGCUGUUUCCAAACCGCAGCAGGGAUCGCAGCAGUACCUUAAUCCGACACCAUCACACUCCAGCAUGUACGGUGGAUUUCAAAUACCCAUCUCUGAUGCCAGUAGCCGUAACAACUCUAUACCCAUGCAAAAUUUAGUUCCCAAUAACAAGAUGGAGAUUCAAAGCGUGAUUGUGAGCAAAUCUUAUCCCGUCUCGACAAAUUCCACUACGUCAACUUAUGGUCGAGGGACUGGCCAUUCUAUUGCUCGCCUCGCCGGGUCUGAGAACAAUAAUCUCAAUGAUAAUCAACAAACUAUUACGAAUCACGCUCAGUUUUAUGUCAGUAACAUAAAAACAGAAGAUAACAAGGAAACCAUAAACAUUGUUCUUCCCGCGACGAAUGAGAAACACAAGCAACCAUCGACGCCUCACACGCCGCACACGCCGCAUACAUCUCAAAGUAAUCACGGAAGCAGUGAACUGCAAUCGAAUAAAUCAUAUACGUUCGACGAAGGCCAAAGUAAUGAUAUGGGACCAAAUAAAGGCCCAUUCAUGCUUGCUCCAACUCCGGCACAACUCGGUCGAGCACCACUACAAAGGAGACAAUCGAUGGCAAUGCCUUCCGCAUCCACUACAGGAGACCAUGGGCCAAUGACAACGUCUCAACAUUGCGAUAAUCGGCCACAAACCAAUAUAUCUCAAACAACAGAGCAAAAUAUAGCAGAGUCUCAUAUUUCUCCUUCUCCUUCUUCUAAAAAAGGCUCCUUUUUUAAGAAAAACGUAGAGGAUGGUAUGGACAGAGUUCUUGAACAAGUAAACUUUCAAGAAAAGUUCUCAUCGUUGCCAGAAUUCAAACCGGAGGAUAUACAGAGUCCGAGUGCGAUCAAUAUGAACAAUCCAGGUUCAUCUGGCCAUACUAGUGUCGCUUCCGGAUUACAUUCACAAACAUCUAUGCAGAUGCCAAAUUAUCGAAAGAAAUCUGCACAAUCUGGACCUCAUAGGCCCACAAUGAAUGAGGAUGAAAUCGACUCGGACACAUCGAUAUCAGCCACUCCAAAGUCUACUUCAAGCGUCAAAUUAACCGGUAACACAUUUUUUGGCCCGGAUUUCAAUGUCGAUGCUUAUAGAGCUAACAAUGAUUUAUUGGACGUCGAUGCUACUUCUCCGCGAACGCCAAAAACUCCGGGAGGCGGUGCCGGAAGUACUGUAGGAAUCGGUAGAAGCGAGAACGAGCGUGGUCAUAGAAAGACAUUGGAGCAACGGAGAAAUCUGGUCAUGCAGUUGUUUCAAGAACAUGGUUACUUUCCAUCCACGCAAGCCACUUCCACGUUUCAAGCCAAGCAUGCAGAUAUAUUUCCUACUAAAACGAGCUUGCAACUAAAGAUUCGAGAGGUUAGGCAGAAAUUGAAGGCCAAUUCGACGCCGAGUGCUAAUAAUCUCGUCAGUCCAUCGCCAAUCUCUGAAUCCUCACCUGUUGUAACUGGUCCAACUGCUCCUCCAACAUCGAUGGGAGCUCCACAUUCACUGCCCGUAAGCAGUAGUAGUGGUAGCUAGCACCCACGUGCCAACUGUGAUACUAUGCAUCCCCUUACUCCACAACACGAAUACAUUAUUAUCCUUUGAAGAGCUAAAUAUUUACUAGACAAGUCGUUAGUGUCGUGCACACUCUCUCUUCAGAACUUGUAAAGUACUGCAAAAGGCUUUAGUGCAAUUUUAGAUUUUCAAGUCUGCUGCAGGCUUGAUUUAAUGAGCAUGCCGAGACGUGAUUGAUAUACAAGUGAUUUUAUAUAUAAUAC